AUGCUGAAAAUCAAGAAGAUUUUACCAUUUUUAGGAAUAUCUUUUUUAUGUACAUAUUGGCUAGCAAUAUUUGAUAGUUCAGCAUAUAUCAGAGAUUCUUUAAGUUGUUAUAAUUCUGUUGGUUACGAAGCUUCUCGCGAUUUUUAUUCAAAAAACGAAAUAAUCAAUUUAUUUACAAACUGUUCGGAGAUAAAUAUAGAUAAAAGUUCGAUUGGAGAUGUCCGUGGACCAAUUCUUACAUACUAUUUUCAAGAUUCGCCACCAAUAUCUACAAAUAUGAACAAUUUUGAAUCAGAAUUUCAUAAACAUCAUGUCAAAGCUACAAAAAUGAUACUUAGAACAGAUUUAACAUACACUGCUCCAAAAUUUAAAGCACAUUUUAUGAAAAUAAUUCGACUUCAUCGAAAUGGAGUUUUAUUUUCGGCAAGACAGAUAAUUAAAAUGGAUCGAAUCGAUAUAAAACACAACUUCUUUAUACGAUACAUUGCUUCAUUGAUUGCGUUCGUGUUUUUAUUUUUUCAUAAAAGGAGAAGGCGGAAUUUACUACCAUUUAUACUUUCCUCUCUAACUGUCAUCAUGCAUGUUUUCCUUUUUGGUAGGUUUUUACAAACAUUUAGAAUUGUUGCUGCAAUUUGCUGGUUGAUUGAGUUUUUGAACAUGCUAAACCUGAAAUACAGAGGAUUUUCUAUAGUUAUACCAAUUAUUCUCCUCACACUUGCUUGUUCUAUGAUAUUUUAUGGAAUAUUUAUGACACAUUCGAAAUGGUUCAAAGAUAUUACAACGAGCUACAUUGUUACCGUAUCUUUGAUGGUUGGAGACCAUAUUCAAGAAACAAUGACAUCAUUACAUGGACAUUCUGCAGUAUUAUUUUUCAGAUUUAUUUGUUCGAGUACACUUGUCUUGAUACUGACAUUUAUUAUUAUGGCGUCAGUCGGAAAACCAUUUAAUAAGCUUGUUUCUUCAAAUGAUACAAACCAAAAUAAUAAUUAUCAAAUGUAA